CUUAAAUGAAUAGAUGCUAUUGGCUUAAUUAUGAGACUAAGAAACCCCAUUAGUCCCUUGAUCUUAGCCCAAUCUUUGAAUCUGAAAAUGUUAAUAAUUUGCAUAUUAUAUUACAAAAUGGAGCAAAAUAUUAGCUAAGAUUCUAAAAGAUUCCACCGGCCCACUUGGUUGCUCCCUCCCUCAAAUUCUUCGUCAACUUUCAUCCCAUUACUGCUCUAUAUAACAACCUGUCGAUCGAUGUAUCUUAGAGAAGAAGCCUAUGAUAGUAUAUUUCCCAUGGCCGGCCGGUUUGGAGUAUGAGUCAUCACAAUAUGCAUGAUCGAAGGAUCCCUCGAAAAAACCUAGGAAAUUGCCUAAAUUAUACCAACUACAAUAAUUGUAUAGCUUGCUAAGGAAGGCCAAUUAAUUUAUGCCACGACAAGUCGACAAUUAGUUUAUUGUAUUAAUCAGAGUCGUUAGGAGAGGUCUAUAACUCAACUAUUUCUUUACAUGUGUAUACAUACACACUUAGUCAUCAUACGAUUAUUGCUGAGAUCUGCCAACAACUAAUUAUUGAAAGGUCUGUGAACCUUAUAUGUUGCAUUACAGGUUUGGAGUUAAGAGAGUGGUAUAAAAUUUGUUCCAAAACCUCUCUUAACAACUCAAGUUAUUGGAAUAUAGAACUAAACGAUUUUUGUAUAAUAUUAGAGUGCUUGUGAUGACCAGGAGGUCUUGCAUGUGUUCGAAUCUUAUAAUCUCACAAUAUCAACUAUUGAUUCAAUCAUGAUCAGUGGCGGAUCCAGGGCUGGGCCAACCCAGGCCCCGGCCCAGCCCUCCUCCGGAUCCAGAGUUAGUUUAGUGCUUAUAAAAUUUUUCGAUUUAGGUAUUUGCCCCAAUGUUAUUUAAAUUUCUGUCUAGUUUUAUUAGAUAAUAGGAUUUUGUGUAACUAGGAAAAUGGUUCAGAUGAACAUAUUCAAACCAUUACUCUAAAUUUAUACUAAAUUUUCUAUAGCCCCAAUGAUUUUAUUUGAAAAAUGACAUGAAAACCUAAAAGUGUAAAGUUUCAUUAAAAUUAAAAAAAAAAAACUCUAAACUAAAGCACACCCUUCCUUGCAAAAUUCAAAAAAAAAAUCUCAAUCCCCCCAAAACAAAACAAAAACGAGGAGACGAGCAGACCCAAAAUGGAUUUCUCUGCUAGCCCGUCGAGCUGGUUUUCUUUCCAUUCUUUUGAUUAAGUAAAUAUUUACAAACUUGCUGAGUCAUCAUUUAGAUUGCCUCAAUUGAGUGAGUCACUAGAUUCUAACCGUUCUUUCUGGUGUUUUGAUGAAGAAAAUAUUUACAAACUUGCUCAAGAGUUUAGCCUCGAGACUUUGAAGGCUAUGAGAUGCAUUCUUUGGAGAAUGCACUACUCAUAUGAGGAAGAUGAAGUUUCUUCUCUUGCAAAAUUAUUAGAGAAGCUGGAGGAAACAGGGAUGGACACAUAAUACAAAUUGAUUUGUCGGUUGAUUUGUCUAGUGUUGACCUAGCCGUUUCAACAACUACCAUGAAGAGAAUAUUUUCAGCAAUGCAUGAACAUUGAUCUGUGCAACAAAAUGAGCGAUGGAUUUCUCGUUGAUUACUUAGCUAUUUUCUUUGAAAAAUAGUAUAUUAUCAGUAUGGAUGGAGAUUAUAUUAUUGAUGAAUUUGCUAAAUUAAAAGACCUUAUUGUACAAUUAACGUUGUAAUGAAAAGUAUAUUAUUAUAUGUUUUUGUUUAUGGUAUCUAAUAUUUAUUCAAAUACGGCCCAGUGCUCUCUUAUGUCCUGGAUCCGCCGCUGAUCAUGAUGUAUGACGGGUCCAAACAGCUUCAAACUCAUAGGUUGGUCCUUGUAUGAAAGAGCGUAUAAGAUAAUGGUAUAGUAAGAUCCAUUAUAGAACAUAUCCCCAACUGGUGUUCGACACCGAGCUAGGAUCCGAACAUAAAACACCUAUCAAUCAAACAACUUUAAUAUCAUAUUAAGAAUCAAUUCAUAAUUCCCAAAAACUCAAAUUGUUAUGAGAGAUGAUCAUUCAAACAUCAAUCAUAUAUCACUCCGUAACACUUUGAUUAUGACAUUAAUAAACUUCAAGUGUGUUAGUCAAAAGUACUACUUCAACUAAGAGUGCCUUGGCCAAUUAUGAUCACACAACUAUAUAUAUAUAUAUAGGAGCAUUCCAUUCCACCCACUAGACAUGCAUGUGAUGUUAUAAAACUGUCUAGAUCAGUUGCCUCACACCAAAUGGUAGAAAAAAAGUUUCACAGGAGAAACGUAUUUUCAAGCUCUCCCCCCACCCAAAGCAGGAAAUCCGUCCAAAGUGGUGGAAAAUUAAGCUUGCACGUGAAAUUCCAGACGAUUACACUUAUUAUUAUCAGUACAAAUUGUGCUCCAUCUUUCGUGCUUUAUAUUAAUUGGCAAUGGCAGAAAAAGGGGGUCUCCAAAGUGCUGUGAUGGAUCAUGUGAGGAAUUGCUCAUCAGACAUCAGUUUAAUGAUAUAAAAAUGUCUCUGUGUAAACAUUCAUUUCAUCUUUGCCUUUAUUUCGUUCCAGCUAUUGUUGAGCGCUGCAGGCUCCACCAGCCGUCAUUGCAGUUGCAGGUACUGCAGUAAAAAAAACCUAAUUUACGACUCCGCUGGGGAUCGAACCCAGAAUCUCUGGUUUCGUAGACCAGCGCCUUAUCCAUUGGGCCACGGAGUCAACUUGUUAUGCUAUGCAAUAUAAUAAUUAAUUCACAGAUAAAGUCAUAGCUAACCUAUCAUAUUGUCCAUAUUGUCUUGCAUUUCUGCAUCAAACAACUAUUUGAUUUACAAAUUUUGUUUCAACCAAAUAAAAUAAUGGCUGAGAACAUUGUGGGUGCUUAUUCGAGCUUCAUUUGGUACGAUAUGUUUUUAAGAUAAAUGGAAUAUGUGGAGAUGUGAUUAUAGUUUCGAUGAUUGUCCACUUGUUUUGGCUUCUGAUUUGGCUUUGAAGAGGAACUAUGGAAUUUACUUCAUAUGUAUUAGGUGGACUAUAGAUAAAUUUGGAUUUGUAUAGUUAUACUAACAUCUCCAGAAAUCUUGAAAUUUUGAAGUAAUCUAUCGUUGGAUUAUAGAUGUGAUUUGAAUUGAUGUAGUCAUACACUCAUACUCAAAUCGUGUUUGUUAAUGCUUACUUUUAUGAAUGCUCUGAACUAAGAAAAAAUUAACUACAAUAAAUUGGAUAGCCUUUAUAAUGAUCUAUGACUAAUUUCGAACCAAGUUUUAAGAUACUUGUAUGAAGUGAUGGUUCAAUUCUUGUAACACAUAAACCUAAUGUUGGAAGAUUACCAAAGCAAAAGGUUUCUCAUAAAUGUCUCAUAUUGCCCCCAGCCCCCCUACACAACUUGGAUGUGGGACAGCCAGAUAGCCAAGUAAGCCGGCUGAGGAGGUUGCCAUGGAAUUUUCCAAAAGGCAAGUUGGAGAGGAAAAGGAGGCAAAAGAGUUCACACAAAAACCAUUUUACAUAGCUAAUUUAGAUAAACGUCACUAAACUUCAAGAUUGUUAAUAGAUUGGUAACUACAUGUUAAAUUAUCCACAAAGUUGGCACAAAAGUUUGGAAUAACUAAUAUUAUAGUCAACUCCAUCCAAUUCCGACGUGUUUUUUUAUCCAAAUUAACAGUCAAAUCACAUAAAUUAUCAAUGCAUAGGUCAAAUAGACCUUCUAAUUAACUAUAGAGUAGAAAGAUGAUUUGAGUUUCUAAUAUGUCUUGAAAUUCGUUAGCACUAAUGAGUUUGAUUCCGAACAUGUAUGAGUCAAGAUGGGUAGUUCAAGUUGGCUACAUAAGUUCAGUAUUACUAUCAUCAAAUUGAUUGAGUUGAUACAUUAUUAAGGACAAUAUAGUCAAAAUCUUAUCACGAUAUACGAACAUGAUCAUUAGACAACCGAGAUUGAGUGCCUAACUUGUUAGUACCCUAAAGUUUAGAUGUUAUGGACUCCUUAUUUUUAGGCUCUAAUUCAACUAAUCUUCCUACUCAAAACCCCUCAAAUUUCAACCAAAGAUUUUCCAAUCUCCCAAGUCAAACAAACAAACAAAAAAGAGAAAUGAAGAAAAAAAUAAAUGAAUAUUAACACAAAGGCUCCCUUCUUCUCCCUCCCCUGUCUAUAAAUAUAUACACAGCACAAGCCUGCAAAUCCUAGAUUCCCAACUCUGUUUCCCCCUGUCAGAGAAACUCCCCAACUCAUCCAACCCACCCCAUUCAUUAAAACUCCCCUCCUUCUUCGCCCUUCUUGUUUGCUCUGCCAUUUCUUCAAGCUGAAGAACAAUGGUGGGAACAGAGCAAUCUCCACCUGGUAAUAAUCACCAGCAGCAAGUGGAUGAUGAGAAGCUAGCAAAGCAGAAAGCAAUUGAUGAGUGGCUUCCAAUCACUGGCUCGAGGAAUGCCAAAUGGUGGUACUCUGCUUUCCACAAUGUCACUGCCAUGGUUGGAGCUGGUGUUCUCAGUCUCCCUUAUGCCAUGUCUGAGCUUGGAUGGGGUCCAGGAGUUGUAAUCCUGGUGCUGUCAUGGGUCAUCACACUCUACACACUCUGGCAGAUGGUGGAGAUGCACGAGAUGGUGCCCGGGAAGCGAUUCGAUCGAUACCACGAGCUCGGCCAGCAUGCCUUUGGAGAGAAGCUUGGCCUCUACAUUGUUGUGCCACAGCAACUCAUCUGCGAAGUUGGUGUCUGCAUUGUGUACAUGGUCACAGGAGGUAAAUCACUCAAGAAGUUCCAUGACACAGUCUGCCCAGACUGUAAGAACAUCAAGGUUACCUUCUUCAUCAUGAUUUUCGCCUCCGUCCACUUUGUCCUCUCCCAUUUGCCAAACUUCAACUCCAUCUCUGGUGUCUCCCUAGCUGCUGCUGUCAUGUCACUGAGUUACUCCACCAUUGCCUGGUCAGCAUCAUUGCACAAGGGUGUCCAGCCAGAUGUUCAAUAUGGUUACAAGGCCAAGAGCACAACAGGAACAGUAUUCAACUUCUUGAGUGCUUUGGGAGAUGUUGCGUUUGCAUAUGCAGGGCACAAUGUGGUGUUGGAGAUUCAAGCAACGAUUCCAUCCACACCAGAGAAGCCAUCGAAGGGCCCCAUGUGGAGAGGAGUGGUAGUUGCAUACAUUGUUGUGGCACUCUGCUACUUCCCAGUUGCCUUAAUUGGAUACUGGAUGUAUGGGAACUCAGUUCAGGACAACAUCCUUAUCUCCUUGGAGAAGCCUUCUUGGCUCAUCGCCAUGGCCAACAUGUUUGUUGUCAUCCAUGUCAUUGGUAGCUACCAGAUCUAUGCAAUGCCUGUGUUUGACAUGAUGGAAACCUUGUUGGUCAAGAAACUUAACUUCACACCCAGCUGGAUGCUUAGGUUCUGCGUUCGCAACUUCUAUGUUGCAAUGACUAUGUUCGUUGGUAUCACCUUCCCCUUCUUUGGUGGCCUCCUCGGUUUCUUCGGAGGGUUUGCUUUCGCGCCAACCACAUACUUUCUGCCUUGUGUAAUGUGGCUAGCCAUCUACAAGCCAAAGAAGUUCGGCUUAUCUUGGUGGGCCAAUUGGGUCUGCAUUGUGUUUGGAGUGUUGCUGAUGGUCCUCUCACCAAUUGGUGGGUUGAGGUCAAUCAUCAUUCAAGCUAAGACCUACAAGUUCUAUAAUUGAAGCAUUAUAUCGAUCGAUCGAUAACACAGAGAAACCCUGUGAAACAUCAUAGGUUGAGGGUGAAACGUUUGGGAGUAUUGCACAGCAGCAAAGUAGUUGGGUUAAGAUGUUAAACAAACAAGAAAGAGUAGUUUGAUGUGCAGUUUCCUUAAUGUCUGAUUUGUUUCCCCUUCUGUUUGUGGUUUGUUUAUGAGAGAUAUGGUGGUGAUGUAAUGAUGGGGGAGGGUUAUAAUAUUGGGUUUUACAGAAGAAAACAGAAAUAUGAUGAGGUUUCUCAAACUGACCCUUUACUACUUUACCAUACAGUGUCUUGAUUAAUGAAAGUGAAAGCCAUUGGAUACAAGAGUGGAAUUUGUCAAACACUUGCCCACCCUUUUUGGUUUAAGCUCUUUUGUCUUUCUUCCUCGGCAAAUUCCCAACGCAUCAGAAAUAUAGCAUUUGGCUCUUUGCUUCGAAAAUAGUAUAAAAUUCAUCAUAAAAUAUAAAUAAGUACCGGUUUCAAAAUGUAACCGAAGUAACUCGAGUACGUGCACUAGAUCCCUAAGUUUAUUAUGGAACAAACAUCCCAUAGGAGUGUUAUCAAAGACAAAGAGGUAGAUUAGAUGACACAAUAAUGGAAAUUUUACCUCAGCUCCUUGACUCACUAUUUUGGAGGAGUAAGAGGAUUUAUUUGAUUAUGAAACAUAAGUUUGAGAAAAACAAAAAUUGGAACAUAUAUGUAGGUUGUGGGUCUGUGUAUAUUACACCAUAAUGGAUACAAUAAUUCGUUAUUCAAUAUGUAUUAAUGAGUUUGUAAACUUUAUAUUUACAAAUUCUUGGUUAACUUUUUAUAAAUUACACCGAUCUAUACGUGAUAAACUAAGGUACAUAAGUAGAUAUGACAACCUUAUAAAACAAAAAAGAUUUUUGAUUGAUGAAGUAUGCUAGAGGAGAGGUGUUAGAAUUUGGUUUGCAAACUAUACAUCAUACUAAAUUUUUAAGAUUGUCAACGUACAUGUAAAACAUGACAGGAUUAAGAUAAAUGGGGCAUUUUUUAGUAUGUUGGCAACAUUAUCCACGCUUAAGUCCAAGAUCCAGCAUCUAUAGACUCCAGUUCUCUACACCCUUCAAGCUAUUUUUUCCAGAUAACUUCUCAGUAUUCUAGCUAAUUAUAUCUUCUUGUUAAUUUGUCAAUAUAUUCCCUCGUGAUUUCGGAUAUAUCAUGUAAACUCGAUAAUUAGCUAGAAUAUAUAUUAGUCCGCUUGACUUGACUUACUAUAGAUGUAUGUCAAAGUUCUCCACACCACUAAUGUAAUAAUUACUAACCGCACUUAUAAUAACUUUUACCAUAAUUA